GAACGCGGCUGUCUGGCAAAGUAUGCAGCCUCCUACAUCCGACUGCGUCUCCGUGACAACUGCACGCGCCGGGGUCCUAACGUGACAGGGCAAGUUUCAAACCAUCGGCGGGAGAAAAUAUUAAAGCGUCUUUCGUAAUUACUAUUUUAUUGUUAUGCUCGAGUCGUUUUAAUUAAACGUAUAGAUUGUAUAUUGUCAAUUAUAUCCAUACAACCCAGGAAUAUCAUAAGAAAAUCUGUGAGCGUCAUUUUACCAUCCCUUCCUGCUUUGUGUUUUUAUUUAGAUUUUCUACUACUUCAGUCCAACUGCAUCUGUCACGAACACUGUCUCAUCAGAAUGCAGUCUUCUAAAUUUGUAGUCAAGUGUGGGAAUUUCGCCGUGCUAGUGGAUCUUCACAUACUGCCCUUAGGUGGCCAAGACAAUGCCAGCUGGUUCUCUCCAGAGCACAGGAAGGAAGUCGGCUCGCUGAUUAGAGAUGCAUUGGAGCUGAGGGUGAGGCAGUUUCAAGAGGCCAGAUACCAGAAGAUCCAGCCCAAACCAAGGAAGGAUCUCACCCUGACCGCCCCGCUCUGUCAUGAAGGUGGGAAUGUUUGCCUGGCGGUGCACUUCAUGAAACGACACGUCAACCUGAGAUGCAUUAUCAGGCAGCACUACAGAGAGUUGCGUGUGUUUCCUGAGCGUGUUGUAGUGUGUGCCAGUCCUCCAGAGAAUUCUGCACUUCCCAGUGGAAAUCUGAACCUGGAUGUGAGUGAACCAAGCCAUUCAAAGUAUUUUUCUGGCUCUGGCGAGAUGAUAGAUCCAUUACCCAGCUCCACAGCAACAAAAAGAGCCAUUCUUCAGAAGAUUGCCAGGCAGGCUAAAGUCCAACCCCAACAACGCCAAGAUGAUCAAGCGGACAAAGCUGAGAAGGGGUCUUCUGAAGCAUGUCAUCCUGUCACCAUAUCGUCUAGCAGCUUUCUCACGGGUGAGUCAUUGGAGGAAGGGAAAGCCGUGUUGUCAUCUAAAUUAAGUAACAGUAAAGAGAUCACCGAACCACAUCUUGACGCUACCGGUCCGAAGAGACGACCACGGACCCCAAGUAGCUCAGGGGAAGACGCUGACCACCAAAAGACAAAAAUAUCUCGUUUUGGAGAGCCUGCAGCGUCAAGCGAUUCCAACAAUCCCUCUUCCGACGUUGCCGCUGCAGACUCAGUUUGCAGUCCCCAGCCUGAGAUUUCACAGACUAACCAAAGCGGGCUGGCUUCAAGUUUGAGAGGCCUAUCCGUCAAACCCGUAUCCUCUGGCUCCUCUAUUAGUUCCAGAUCUGUCGCCAGAGAGGGAAGGAAGGGGGGUGAGCCCAGAACAUCCCGAUUACGCCGGCUCAAGAAGUCCUGAGGGGUGCAGCGGUAUUGAACGAGAGAGGAUGUCUGAAGCCACCACGAUAGAUGUUACAGUACACACUUCUACUGUAAUAUUGUCUGUCAGCGGCGGUUGCACAAAGAGUUCACCACACACAGUCUUGCACAUACAGUACUUCCCUUCUCCCUUUAAAGUAAAAAACACAAAACUGCUCAAACGCUUGAAUUAGAUUACCAAGAAGCUCUCAAAUAUUUGAAUCGACUCCACUAGCAACAACUUAAAAGGAACUCAAGCAAACAGUAACUUCACUCUAAACAAAAACACAAAUGCAGUUCGCGUUUUCGGUGUAAGAUUUGUAUUUCAGACUAGCGGGAGCCGUUGAGCACACUGUGGCUUCAAGCCCAAUUCUCUGGCUCCAUCCGUCUGAAAUCUCCACUCUUCCAGCUUCAGCUGAGCACAUGAUUGAUUUCGCUGUGUUCUCACAUACACCGCGCUCCUUAAGCGAUCAGGGGUUUUCACCGUUGGAGCCGACGGUCGUCUCCCUGCGGUUAUUAUUUGUAAAUGUGUUAUUGCUUUUCGUAACAGCUAAAAGUCUACUGCGGGAUGACUGACAACGCUAUGGAACGCUGUAGUGGCGUUCGCGUCCGAUAUUUGGCUAAUCACGGGUGCAGUCGACAUUGAUUUAGUGCGUGAUGGCAGGAUGAUUAUAUGCAUGGACAUAAAUUCGUUGAGUCACAUGCUUUAUUUUCCAGCCGUGCUUACAAAUCACUCAAUGUUUAUGUAUUAAGUAUAAAAAUGUUAUCAGAAUAUACAAACAUUGUGCAGCAAUAAUCCCAUAAUGUGGCGGUCGGAAUGCUUCUGGUUACAACAUAUUUCUCUGUAUAUUCUGAUGUUAUGUCAUGAAAUUCGAAUCGUUAAAGAUAGCAAACCAUUUGUUCCUAAUCAAACGUUUGCGUUGAGAUACUUGUGAACUAAAUGUCCAAGGAAUAUGUUAAAAACUGAAUGCAAUCUACUGUA